AUGGCCGACGUACAGCAGACAGCCCCCGUCACAACGGAGGACCCCUCUUCAACCGCGCCGAAGCGCAAAGCACCAGAGUCUACCCCCAGCACUAUCAACUUCACAUCGCGCAACCCGCCCUGGACCUACCUCAAACUCCAGCUUAUCCCCCAACCAGACAAUCCAUCUUUACAGCCCCUCGACGCCCUCACCGCCCGCACAUACCUCUCCUCCGCACUAUCGCAAUUCCUCGGAUUGACGGGGACCGCGAUUCCAAUCGAUAUCCUCAAGAUUGAAAAUAAGGGGAGCAAUGCACACGGUGUUACCAAGUACGAUUGUGUCUGGGUGCGUGUCCCACGCGAUGACGGGGCUGCGGUCGUCGCUGCGAUCAGUUCGUGGAUUGGGGGUACUGGGGGCGGGUCUGGUGCUGCGUGGAGAAUCUGCGCAAAGGGGAAUUACCUAGGCGCGUUGGUGUCCGGGUCUGGGAGUGACUUGUUUGUUCCUUGA